AUGACCUCUGGGCUUCAGUCGCAAGAUGGAGUCGUGGGCAUGAAGUUUGCGAGCCUGGUCGAUGGAACUCAUCGCGUUACAGAGCUUGAGCCAGGAGGUGCUGCCUGGUCUUCUGGCUUGAUCCGCAUCGGCGAUCAGAUCCUAAUGGUGGAAGGGAUGCGCACGAGCUAUGUUGACAAGAAGAGAGUGGAGCAAGCAUUUCGAGGAAGACCGGGUAGCUUCUUGACCGUUGAGAUGCAACGAGGCCACAAAACGUUUCCAGUGCUCCUGCAACGAGUUGAGAGAGCCCGGACCGGAUGGCGCGACGGCUCGUCUGGGGAGAAAUCGCGGGGAACUCUUGACGAGGAUGGAGAGUUGAAGAGGGUAAGGGAUCAGCCUGUCAGUGUUCUUCUUCGCUUGAAAGAAGAUAAGGUCAAGCUUACGCCUUCGCAUGUGCUUCUACAACUUCUUUCCCGGGAUAUCUCCUCGGCUAUCGGCUGUCAGCACGAGAGGCUCGAGAUCUCUCAGGUCCCCACGUCCGAAGAUGAGUUCGAGCUCAAGUUGUCGCCUCCUCCUUCUCAGUCUGCCUCUGAUUCGAGGAGCCCCAAGGACCUGGCCGCCGAGGUAGUGAUGCAGGCAAGCGUGUUCGACAAGGGAAGCUUGUUGCGCCGCUCGCAGGCAGGAGGAGACGUCAUCUUUGCUCGUCUUCAUCUUCCACCUUCGCGCAACCCCUCCUUCUCUGAGCCUCCUCCAUCCUUCCCGCCCUUCGGUUCCAUGGGUUCAGCAGCAGCAGUGACCAAUCUUUUCUCUAUUCCUGCCCCAGUUACUCCUUCUCCCCCUGCCCCUGCCCCUGCCCCUGUCCUUGCACCUCCUGCUUCUGCUCCUGCUCCUAUCCAACCAUCCUCAUUUCUGCGAAUUGGAGACGAGGAUUCGUCUUUCGCAAACGUGAAUCCUUCGGAACGAGAAGAGAGAGAAGAGGAGAGGAAGGACUCGGUGUUGGAGGGAGGGGGAGACAACCAAUCACGCGAACAGGAAGAGAUGAGGCAGCCGAGGCAGGAGGAGGUGAGACAGCAGAGGCAGCAGCCGUUGGUGAGCUUGAGCUCUCUAGACCUCUUGACCGGCUGGCUUCCUCUCUCCCUCUUUCAGGCAUACGACAAGACGGCACCGCAAGGGAAACUGGGCGGUGUAGAUAGCGCCAUUAAGAUGAAGAGGAAGAGAGAUUGGACGCGUGUGGAGGCGAGCAAGGAAGCAAGCAAGGCAAUCAGGGCUCUUGCUUCUCGCGGCUUUCAGAUUCUUCUGGUUGGGGUUGGUGGGAAGGAGGAGGCUGAAGAAGCUCUUGGCGCUGUCGUCAGAAGCGGCCUCGUAUCCUCUCACGGGCCUGUAGGAAAUGAUGACGUCAUCUUUGUGGAGAGAGAAGAGGAGAAGGUGCUGGUGCUUGAGCAGCUCGGGGGGCUUGUGGCGGUGAUUGAUGACGACUUGCUGGUCCUCCAGCAGUGCAUCGACAAGUUGAGCUUCGGAGUGAUGACGAUGCUCAAAGACGGGGAGGAGAGCGAGCGAGAAAAAGGGAUGCGACUAAAGCUCCUCUGCGAGCAGAACGACCUUUUCGUGCAGGAGACCUCCAAGCACGUCAUCCUGCUCAUGGAAAGAAUCCAAGAAGCCAAGAGAGCUGCAGAGCAAAACCCCCCGCAUCCCCUCACCUCCUCUCCUUCCUCCUCCUCCGAGUUGGAGAGGGAGUGCAAGAGGUUAGCUGAGGGGAUCGCUGGCUGCUACAAGAGGCGGGCUCACUCUCUGUUGCUGGUGGAGGAGCAGAUCAUUGAAAACUUUCUGCUAGAGGACAAAGUUUCUUCAUCGUGGGACAAGAUCUGCAAAACCAUGGGGGUCGCAGAGGAAGCGCUUGAGCUUUACAGCUCAUCUGUGACGGUUGGCGAGGGCUUGGCGUCUUAUCCUCCUUUCAAAGGUGGCUCCCGUCAACCUGAUCUUCCUUUCUUUCCUCUUGACGAGGAUCCUCGCUAUGCUCGCAAGGAUGUCUGGCUCAAGUCCUGCAGCUUUGGUACCCCUUCUAGCUCCACCUCCUGCGGGGUAGGUCUUCACUUCGGAAGGCGGGGACCGGGUGAGAAGCUGCUUGUGCUCAAGCUGGAGUACGGCAGCCCCUCCUUCUUUAGCAGGCUUGUCCGCGUUGACGAUGAGAUUCUCUCCAUCGAUGGCUGCAGGGCUGAGGACCUCAAGGUGGAGGAGGUUGAAGAGAAGCUGCGAGGCAAGAGCGGGACCCUCGUCUUCCUCAAACUCUUCCGCCCUCGCGCAGCUCGACUCCUCUACGUCAGUCUCAUGCGUCAACAGACGCCGAUGAACCUCAGGGGAAGCAGAGGACGAGUGGUCGUACCGCUGCCGCUCCUCUUCUCUCCUCUGUCUCAGCUCGUCACCCUCCGUGUCGGAAGAGUCAGCAACGUCCCCUUCUUCACUGCAGCGGUUGAGCAGGUGUACCUGAGAGUGACGGUGAGACCUGAGGGGACGGAGGCCACGGCUGGCGACGAGAAGCGUUUCCUCCACCUCCUUAGCAACGGGCAAGACAGCACGGACAGCAAGCAGCUUCAGUUCUCCUGCCCAUCUGCAAACACCCACGUCACCGUUGAGCUCUUGGCCGACAAGUCUCGUGGCGACUCGUCCGUCUCUCUCCUCCUCGGAGGCUUCAGCGUGCGAGUGAGCGACCUGAUGAGCAUGGGGGGCAGCAAGGAGUUUCCUCUCUUCGACCGCGACUUGGCGCGAGUGAGGGGAGGGAACGGGGAGGAAACACUCGUGAUCCUCUCGGUCCUUCAGUGA